AUGUACUUUGAAUAAGAAUGUAGAAAAUUUUUGAGACCUCGUAGAUUAGAAUAUCAAAUGUUUGAUUUGGGUAUGAAUUCAGAAUUAUUCAAGGUCCUGAAAGACUCUCUCUUACAAAUGGAACACUAUUCAAACAUGAAAUUAGUAUUAUAAAUCGUUAGGGUCAUCAAUUAAAAUGCUCUUUUUUUGAAAUAAAUCCAAUAAGUGACUGUUGUAUAAUCUAUUGUCAUGGUUUUAAUGGUUGUCGUGUAGAAGGUGUUAAAUAUGCUCAUGUUGCUGCUCAAUAUAAUCUAAAUUUUUGUACUUUUGAUUUUCAAGGAUGUGGUCAUAGUUAAGGAGAUUUAAUUACAUUUGGGUAACAUAAUUUAUUAAAUUAGCUAUUUAGAAUAAAAUGAUAUCACAUGUAUCAUAUUAGAUAUAAAAAAAAGAUUCUAAUAAAAUUAAUUUAUUUUAUGGGGGAGAUCAUUAGGAGCCACUACUAUUUAGUUAAAGAAAUAACCUUAUGUAAGUGGUUACGUAUUGGAUUCAUGUUUUACAGAUCUUAAUAAGGCAUGUGUUAGAAUGAUUUAAAAAUCUACUUCCUUACCAAAGUUGAUAAUAAAAAGUGUUCUAUAUCUAUUGAAAGGUAUUAGUAAAUAUAAAUAAUCUAGGCAAAAUUGAAUCAUAAGGAAAUUUUAAAUUUGAUGAUAUAAAAAUAUAAAGGGCUGAUUCUAGUGUACCAACUCUCUACAUUUGUAGUGAUUAAGAUACAUUAAUUAAAUCAAAAAAUACUAUUGGAUUAUAUUAAUAGCAUAAUGGUUUAAGAGACCUUAUUAAAAUCUAAGGAGAACAUAAUGAUUCAAGAUCUCUCGAGUUGAUUAAUCAAAUUUGUUGUUGGUGUAAAGAGCGAUUCCAAAUUCAUCGUCAAUUCUCAUUUCAUGAAACUUCACCAAUAGAAAUUCGAAAAAAAUAUUAGCAUUUAGCAGGAAGAAAUAGUCUAAUUCGUACUCCUUCAGAUAUUGUAACCAAGUACGAUAUAAACAGAUAAAAUCUCAAUCAUUGUUAAACCUAAUCUACUUCAGUACUCAAAUACAAUAAUCAACAUAUUAUCCAACCAAAAAAAUUAUAUUUUCAAGAAUCUCCUUAAAAAAUUAUUGGUUCAUAAACUAAAAUCUUAAAAUAACAAAUGAGUUAUGAAAUUGGGAAUAGCAACAAAUUUAUUCGCAAACCAAUAUUUGAUUGA